CUCUCCAUCCAGCCUCUCUGAAUCUGCAUCCAACUCUUCUGAUGGGAGCGAUGGGCAGACCAGCUCAGGUGUGAGAGCGAAGCCUUUGCAGGGGUUAGAGAACAUGCCCGGCCUUUUGGAUGAAGAGAAAUCCUUAAUGAGGCAGAAACUGUGGCGGAGGCUGAAGAGGAGAAGAAGAGCCCGUCAUCGAAGAAGAUCACGGAAAAGAAUCACUGGUUCGCUCUCCUCUGCUCGUCGUCCUCUCAGGUGGCGUUCACUCUGUGAGGAGAGGAGGAUCCUUCACAAUGUUUGGAAGGAGGGCCUGGAUGAAGAAGAUGCAAGGCUGCUGCAGAGCACUUAUGAAAGGCUGCAGGAGCAGGACAAUGGCUUUGGGUGGCUCAGUGACACCCUCUGGAUACCUCACCCUCUGACGAAGGUCCUCACAGAGAAGCCUGAGGAACUCAAACUCUGGCAGCCAAGCCACAGGACCGGCUCUGCUCGCAGUGAAGGUUUCUACAAAAUCAGCAGGAAGGAUAAAAUGAAAUACCUCAACAACUCAAAGCUGGCUGCUGAGCUUCCCUCUACAAGUGCUCAGGGUGUUUGCAUCCCGACCCAGCAGCCUGCAUCACUGCGUGCCGGAUCUGACUUCAGGUCUGAACAGCGACGCCUGCUGUCCUCUUUCAGCUGUGACAGCGACUUGGUCAAGUUCAACCAGUUGAAGUUCCGAAAGAAAAGGAUUUGCUUCAGCCGGAGUCACAUCCAUGAGUGGGGCCUGUUUGCGAUGGAGCCCAUAGCAGCAGAUGAGAUGGUGAUUGAGUACGUGGGCCAAAUCAUCAGACAGGUCAUCGCUGACAUGAGGGAGCAGAGAUAUGAGGAGGAGGGCAUCGGGAGCAGCUAUUUGUUCCGGAUUGAUCAGGACACCAUCAUUGAUGCCACCAAAUGUGGGAACUUAGCCAGGUUUAUCAACCACAGCUGCAAUCCUAACUGCUAUGCAAAGAUCAUCACUGUGGAGUCUCACAAGAAGAUAGUGAUUUACUCCCGGCAGCCAAUAAACAUCCAUGAAGAGAUUACAUAUGACUACAAGUUUCCCAUUGAGGACACAAAGAUUCCUUGUCUGUGUGGAGCAGAUAGCUGCCGAGGCUCCUUGAACUGAUCUCUUAAGUGGCCCAAUUAUGUCAAGAGCCACAGUGGCCUGAGGUACUGUACAGUCUAAACACAAACUCUGAAGAUGUGUCAGAACUGUGACUUCUUA